CGAUGUGUAAUAAUACGUGGGUGUGUUUACUGACGACCUAACUAUGCGCCCGAUCGGCUGAGAUUUUUCCUGUUACGUUACGUCGGAACAUGACUUCCAUCCUCCUGCUGCCUGCUCGGUCCUGAAUGCGACAUGCGGAUCCACUGUAAGGGGCAAGCAUAGCAUAUGCUCUCUAUACACCAUCUACAUUCAGUCUCUUUCAGAGAUUCUGUCUUUCGAAGACUAGUAUGUCUAAUUUGUCUAAUUCGUGAUUCUCUAGGUUUUUUAUUUAGGCCGCAUCGCCUUCCCUCCACCGAUACCGCCAGACUGUUAGCGUCGACAGAUAUCGACCUGCUUGCUCAGCACACCAUUCAAUCGGCCCAUCGGGGAUCUGACGGAUCAGAUAUCCCACUGGGAUGGACAAAAAGCCUAGCACGACCGAGUAGGCCCACUGCGCACCGCUCAUUCCUACCACGGAGAAGGACUCCCCCCCCACAAAUGCGAUCAGGACCUGGCCUCCGAUCAUGAUGGAGCUGAUGGCGAUGAACAACCAGUUUCUGAGGAGGCCCUCGGUGAUGUUGAUAGUGUUUUGGAGCUGGCGAUUGCUGCAA